AUGUCGGAGAGCAAGGGCAUCUCGCUGCGGCGUAAGAAGACGACAGCAGCACGCCCGACCAUCUCAGGCCCGACCCACCUGCAGCAGGCCGACCGCAGCGCCUCUGCCAGCCGCAACAACUCGACAUGGACCGUCAACACUCAGGACUCGGGUACCAGUGGUGCUACGCCGCGAGAAAGGCCCAAACUGGGCGGUGAACAGACCAGCGACCUCGUCAAGCGCCGAUACAGCACUCGAUUUACCGGUGGACUCCCUCAAGAUGGCCCCCCUCCGCCAAUGCCUGCCAUGCCGGCGCUGCCUGCUCAGUACGCUGGGGCUGCAAGCGCUCAGAUUGGCGCGAGACCACCACCGUCACGCGAAGGACGAGCACCUGAUGGUGGCAAGGGUCGGCUGAAGGUAGACAUGCGCGCAUUGAAGGACCCUAAUCUACAGGUCGAGAAGUACGUUCAGAGCAUACUCGCCGAGGCGUCUGAGAGCGACAUCCACGCCUAUCAAAAGGACCUGCAGAACAUCAAAGCUCAUACGGAUUCUGAUCUUCAGCAUAACGUAUAUCAGAACAGGACGCAGUUCAUCAAGAUCUCGAAGGAGGCGGACAAGCUGAAAGGUGAAAUGCGCACGCUGCAGACGCUCAUGGGAGAGCUCACCAGCGCAUUGGGACAUGCUACAAGCGCUGCAGGUGCUGAGCUGAGUUCAUCGAGCACACUCAGUGUUGCCGACAGGAAGCGCGCCAAUAGGAGCAGCGUCGCAAACUUGGAGGCCAUGUGGAGUACACAUCUGCAAACGUUGUGGAAGAGGGUGGAGGGCUCGCAGAAGUUUCUGCCGGCAUUGCCUGGGCGGCACAUCAUCAUGGAGAGUCAGCGAUGGGUGGAGUUGAACGCUGCGACGUGGAAGCCGAGGCGAAGGGUGGCUCUGGUCCUGCUCAAUGAUCAUUUGCUCAUCGCUAGCGAGAAGAAGCGACCUGCAGAUGCGACACCAGCUGGCAAAGGAAAUCGUAUGAGCAUGUACAAUCCUGGAGGGCAGUCCCAGACUACCCUGGUGGCCGAUCGAUGUUGGCCUCUGCAUGAUGUUUCACUGGCGGACAUUAGCACGCGCUCAUCGACAUCUGUUGGCCAUUCGCAUACCAAGGAAAACAAGGCGAUCGCCGAUGCGAUCAACGUUCGGGCUGGAAAUGAGAGCUUCACAUAUGCGACAUCCGAUGCGACGGAUAAAGCAGGUUUUCUUGUUGCGUUCCGCAAGGCCCAAGAAGACCAGCGUAAGCAGCUGGCUGCGGAGCAUGCUGGACGCGAAAAGAUUCUGGACGACAUGACAAGACUGACAGGCCGUGAUGGCCGAUCACUGAAGAAGGCUGCUGCGGCUGCCAACGAGCUGUCUCAAGAGGAUGCGAAGUUGGGUGGUCUGAGCAGAAGUGGCUCAGUGUUGGUCGACGCAGAUGGUCGACCUCAGAGCAUCCGCUGGGUUGAAGCGCAGAUCGAUGGUCUCGACAUCGAUAUCGCAUUGCAAAGGUUUGAAGAAGCCGUCGCUCGGGUUGAAAAGUUGCGCAAGAUGGCAAGAGGCAUAAAGGGCAAUGCCACCGCGCAGGAGAUCAUUCUUGCCAAAGUCAACGAACGUGCCAGCCGCUUGGCCAACAGUGUGGCUCGACAGCUUGGCCAGACGAGCAGUGGUAUGGAAACCACGAAAGAGAAGGUUUCAUGGCUACUUCGACUCGGGUUCGAAGAGUUGGCCCGAUCAACAUAUCUAUCCAGCCGUACGGAGACCAUUCGCUUGCGGACGAGACAACUGCCAUUCACUGGUGCCCUUGAGCCGUACGUUCACGCUCUCGCUUUCACAACCUUCACCCUGCUCCUGCACACGAUCCGAACGUUCAACCAGUCGUUCCCCGCUACGAGCGGAAGUGCAGUGGUUAAAUGGGCUAAGGAACGAGUGGAUGAAUUCAAUGCCGCUCUCGAACGGCAACUGAGCAGUGUGGAGCGUGGAGGUGAAGUCUGGGAAACGUGCAUGCAGACCAUCCGGGAACAGGCCGUUGUACUGGCAGAAGUCGGCGUAGACUUCAAAGGCCUCGUGGCGAGACAGUUGCUAGAUCGUCCUACUGCCAAUGGUCAAGCCGCCAACGGAACACAUCAGGUCAUUGGUUUAGGGGUUAGCACUUAG